AUGAGUGAGGCGGGCAAGGCCACUGCCACCGUCCUGCAGGCUCCCGAAGUCCCCCAGCACCCUGCACCCAAGAGCUUGGUGGGUGGUGGCAGGUCCCAGGCCGAGGCCCCAGCACCCUGUGCCCUUCUCACAGGAAACCCCUGUAUCCCCCCUGGCCCCGCCUCUUCAGCCCCAACAGGCAGUGAAGACCCGGAGAAAAAAGUUCUGGUCAUCAAAGUCCUUGGCACGGUCAAAUGGUUCAACUUCAGAAAUGGAUAUGGAUUUAUAAGUCAAAAUGACACCAGAGAAGAUGUAUUUGUACAUCAGACUGCCAUCAUCAAGGAGAACAACCCACGGAAAUACCUGCAUAGUGUAGGAGGAGAAACUGUCGAGUUCGAGGCGGUUGAAGGAGAGAAGGGUGUUGAAGCGGCCCACGUGACUGGCCAAGAUGGCCUUCCCGUGGAAGGGAGCCGUUACGCUGCCCAUCAGCGCCGUUACCGACGUGGCUACUAUGGCAGAUGCCAUGGACCUCCCCGCAACGCGGGUGAGAUCGGAGAGAUGAAGGAUGGAGUCCCAGAGGGAGCGCAACUUCAGGGGCCGGGUCAUCGAAAUCCAACUUAUCUUACAAGGUCCCAUAGGAGACCUCGUGGCCCACGACCUGCCCCAGCGGUGGGAGAGGCUGGAGAGAAUCAACAAUCGGCCAAUGGUCCAAACAAGCCAUCUGAUCGCGGCGGAUACCGGCGCCCACACAAUUAUUGGCAUCACCUGGGUCCUCCUAAUGCUCCUUCACAAGAUGGCAAAGAGGCCAACGCAGGUGAAGCGCCUUCAGAGACCGGUGCUGAGUAA